CGUCAAUCAAGACUUAUAAAAUUCACAUUUCUCUCGUAACUAUUAAUUUAACAUCACUUCAACUUUCAAAGGUUCGAUAUAGACAAUGGGUGGAGCACUGUCAUAUCCACCACAUCCUUGGUAGACUCAAGGACGAAGACGAGGACGAGGACUCCGGGAGUAUUCCAAUCUGGAGUUGGGAAUUGAAGAUAGGGGCGGAGUCGAGGGUGUGCGGCCUAGCAGCAGGCGCUCGAGCGAGAUGGAUAGAGUUCCUAUUGACUUAACGGCCGUGGUUUCAGAUUCAGAUGAUUAUAAUGCCUCAGAGGCUACACUUCAAGAAGGGCAGUCGCAGUCUCAUUUGCUAUCAGAACUAUCGCAACUAUCACAAUUUGAAUCUCAGUUAGGGGCACAUCCUCGCAAUCUUACUAGUCCACACCUUCCGGAUAGGUCAUCUGGACAGCAGGAACCUUCAUCUAUGGACGAACAUUCUAUAUCGAUUCGCGCUGCAACUCCUCCUAUGUCUGCUAAGGGGUCUGCAUCAAAGCAUGGGAACCAAGAUGGCAAGACUGCUUCAUUACCGGUUAGAUCAAGCGGCAGCUCUAGGAAUGGCUUAGAUGCCACACCUUCAUCAAGUCAGCGCCACCCACCUGGAAGCCAUCGAACACCUAAAAUUCAAACCCCCAAAAAAUCUUUCUGGUCUAUCGAUGACGUUGUGGUAGCUUUACGAGGAUUCUCGGAAGAGAUCGGCACAGACGGCGCCAAGCUCACUGCUCGCUUGAUUCACAUGGCUUGGAAAAAAGAAGCGCCCAAUCAGCAGUUUACGAGCAAGAAGGAUUGGUUUGCGGAUAUGAAACGUACCCCGUUGGAAGGUGUUGGGAGAUCAUCAGAUACGAUAAAAAUUAAGUAUAAGCAAUUUGGCCAUGGUAGAUCUGGAAAACAGGAGAAGAAAGAACACCACCAGGUUAUCUGCAUUAAAACUGAUGCCGAGAAGGUCCCGUCCUACGGCUUUCAUCAUGUUGAGAUCAGGAAGAAUAUCCUUUCCCCAAAUACUAUGCUUACUUACGUCCCCCAUCUACGAGAUCUGGCAGACAACGAAGAAGGCGUCUACCGCCGCUGGCUAGAAAAUUUGGAAAACAUGGAUAAGACGUCUGGGUUUGCUACGCUAAGUCGGCAUCAAAAGGUGACAAAGACCAUCCAAAAGGAGCGUGCGACUACCUUACUAUUAUAUCUCGACUCUUGGCUGGAUAGACUUGGCCUCAGCAUCGAGAACUGUACUAAGACCACCCUUAUCCGCUAUAUGGCUAGCCAGAGUGAUAAUGUCACUCCUCAGCAAAAGUCUAGUAUCUUGAACUCAUAUAAUGAUGAGCCUGGAUCCCCGCGAUCGGCCAAAACUGUCAGAAUUUUCACAGAAGCAUUUGAUCGAGUCUUCAACUCGCCUCUUUUACGCGAGCGCGCUGUGCCUCUCCGCGACGUCCUCUUACUAGAUAAGUCGGUUGAUGCCAUCGUCGAUUCUAAGAAAUGGAUGAAGGAUACACCGAGCCAAUCGAAAGUCACCGAAGAGCACGCAACGGUUGAAUCUUUUCUCGAAACUUACGCGCUGCUUGGUUGCUUGAUAUGCACUAGCCAUUCCUGCGAACAUGGCGAAUACGGUGUCGAUAACGAACGGAAGCGAUUUUCUAUCGAGGUAGUUGGCGGUUUGUCGCCUAUGAUUCGCCAACAGCUUACACAGAAGUCCAAGGGAAGGAUCGAAGAUAGCCCUACAUCUCGCAAAAUAAGAAAACCUUGCGGCGAUGACUGCUUUUUGAAUGGGCGCCCAGGAACACGAGCCCGCGCAUGGAGUGAGAGUGAAAUAAUGCUCCUUAGAUCAUUCUUCUCCACGUUGAGCAACACGAAUAUACCAGUACAAUGCGCUACUUCUGUGGCCACUGGACGGCCCUGUUGGGAUGUCAGCCGUCAGCUCGAUAAGCUUGAUCUGUCUGUUGUUCCCAGCGCGGACCCCACACUACAGGUCCAAGUGAAACCGCUGCCUUGGUAUGAUAGGAAAAAGAAGAUGCUCAUAGGGGACUGGCAAGAUCAUACCAAUACUCACGAGCACCAGCGGAAGGACUGUUUUGAUCCUUGUAGCCAUGAAGGGCCGUGCACAAUGAAGAACUGCAGGUGCGUCCAAAACCGCCUCAUGUGCGAGCGCUUCUGUCGAUGCACAGCAGCAAUUUGCGCCAGCAAGUUUACCGGUUGUGCCUGUCACUCUCAUGGGAAGACAUGUGUCCCUAAGCAAAAAGAUCGGCCUUGCAUCUGCGUGCAGCUCAAUCGCGAAUGUGAUCCCGUUCUAUGCGGAAGCUGUGGUGCUUCCGAGAGAGCCAACCCAGCAAAUGCGGAUAAUGAUGCUCUACAUACCACUGGAUGCCAAAACUGUGCACUUCAGCGAGGCAGGUCAAAGUCGGUCAUGCUUGGAAGAUCUAAGAUUGCCGGCUACGGACUCUUUGCUACCGAAGAUAUUGCACAAGAUGAGUUUGUCAUCGAGUAUGUUGGUGAGCUUAUCAGUCAAGACGAAGGAGUUCGCCGUGAGGCACGCCGUGGGGACGUUUUCGACGAAUCAUCCAAUUCCUCGUAUCUCUUCACCCUGCUAGAGCAGGAAGGCAUUUGGGUCGACGCCGCUAUCUACGGCAAUCUUAGUCGAUAUAUCAACCACCAGGAAACCAACUGUAAUGUUACCCCGCGAAUCCUCUAUGUCAAUGGCGAAUAUCGCAUCAAAUUCACAUCUCUGCGGGAAAUUAAGGCCGGAGAAGAGUUGUUUUUCCAUUACGGCGAGAACUUCCCAAAUCUGACUAAGAAGCUUUUGCAAGAAGAGAAAGCCGAGAAAAAGCGACGUAAGGCUAAGGAGCAGGCCCGCAAGAAGGGCCAGGACGAUGCUGAAAAACCAAGGAAGAAACCCGGUCGCAAGCCAGGUAGAAAACCAGGGCGUAAACCAGGCCGCAAGCCAAAGAAAACCUUCGCCAAAGUCGAUUCGGAACCGGAAGACGAUGACGAGGCUCUUGAACCCACGGAAGAGCCACUCCCUAACAUCAAUAUCGCCAAGGGACGCAAGCGCAAGCGUGCCAUUGUCGAUGAAGAAGAAUCGGAUGAGGGCGAAUAUCGCCCUAAGACUGACUUUCAGGAUGAUGUAAUGGUAGACGUUGGUGAAGGAUCACCUACUCGUAAACCAUCGCGCUUAAGGAAGCGGCUGGGAGCCCCGCCAAAGGCUAGGAAGAGUUUCCCAGCUCCAGCUGCCAGGCGCGAAGAAACUGACGAAGGGGUGGAUGAAGGCAAUGAGCUUGAGUUAACGCCGAAACGGCAGCGUAAGAAACCACGAAAACUCCUUGACGAUGCUACGCUUGAAGAAAUUGACAAAGCCUUGGUGGUAGAGAGCAAGCCUAUAACUAUGCCCAAGCGUCGGGGUAGGAAGCCGAAACAUAUUAAAGAGCAAGAGUUGCGAGAGAAAGAGAUGCGAGAAAAAGAGAUACGAGAGAGAGAAGCCAACAUCGAGGCCAAGGGAGGCCAAGGAGACACGGUCGUCAUAGGGGGCGCACAGAAUGCUGUUCAGGGCAGCGCCCCAGGCAGCGCUCAAGGGAGUAGUCGUUUUAGGCAUACGGAAGCUAGGCUUGAGCUUGACUCAGAUUCGGCUGCUGGCAGAGAGACUCCGUCUCUGGCGCGAAGCCGACGACAGGCCAAAGACAUGGUAGAAUCCAGCCCAUUAUCAACGCCAGAUUCGGGCAUCGCAUACCCCGGGCUCGACCUAUCCGACUCGGACAUACGGCCCGUAUCUAGAAGAGGACGCGCGAGGAAAGGCGCAAGUGGUGAUGAUGAAUAUAACGGCGGAAGUUGGAAUGAUAGCGACGGAGUCAGACACGCCGGUGCCGGUACCGAUGACAGCGAUGAUGACUCACCGAUCGACCGCUCGCGAACCAGGCGCAGACCGGCCAGGUACGAUGAUUAGCCUAGGUCUUCUUCGAAGAUUCUCCUACUUAGCAAUAUCAAACUAAUAUUAGGAGUUUUUCCAUCGAAGCAGUGAGGAGAUUUCCAAUCCCAUCCAAUAUUCGACUCGGCCCGAAAUUUAAUCCAAGGCUACAUCUUAUGGUGCAAGCUACCACCUAGGUACCUAACCUAAUCUACGUUAUAUAAUAGAAUCGACUUUUAGCCUAAAGAGAUGUAUAAUAGUGUCCGCGGACAUGGCUAUAGAAAUAGCUUUUACGUUAGCAUUGCGUGCGGGCUGGUUGCAAGAGAUAGUCUAAUUUCCGUUAGCUACGAGGCUCUUUAUCACCCUUGAGAGCGGGUAGUACAGCAAUUCCACGAUGCAUUUUUCUAAUUUGGUGGUUUAUCAUAGACUUGUUUGUGGUGCUGUAGAUGACUACCUAAGGUAUCCAGGCAACUCGGGGGUAGCUAUCUAUAUAAAGUAAAUAUUUUCGUCGUCAAUCUAGUUUUGUUAACAAUUCCUAUAGUUACCUGUCUUACAAGGUAGUUAGUUUAUUUAUGACAAAACCAAAGGGACCUUCUAUCCAA